AUGAAUACGAAAUUUUUAUUGUUCUUUUUAUUCUUAAGUCCCUUUGUUCUUUACAAUUAUGCACGUGCUCAUGAAGAUCUCUUUAACGAGUUUGUGACGAGCAUACACGAUGGAGAAUUAAAUAAUUUUAUCACGAAGAAUAACAUCGUUUUGGUUAUGUUUUUUGCCCCAUGGUGUGGUCACUGCAAGAGACUAAUUCCAGAAUACAACGAAGCUGCUAAAAUCCUAGCAGAUAACAAGAGUGAAAUAAAGUUAGCCAGUAUAGAUGCAACUACUGAAAAUGCAUUAGCACAAGAAUAUGGAAUCACAGGAUAUCCAACGAUGAUCAUGUUUAAUAAAAAGAAUCGUGUAAAUUAUGGAGGAGGAAGAACAGCACAAUCAAUCGUAGAUUGGUUGCAACAGAUGACUGGGCCCGUAUUUAGUGAAAUUACCACAAAUAUUGAAGAUGUGUUAAAAGAAAAAAACAUCUCUGUAGCAUUUUAUCUUGAAUAUACAUCUGAAGAUAAUGAAUUGUAUAAACAAUUUAAUGAAGUAGGGGAUAAGAAUCGUGAAAUUGCAAAAUUUUUUGUUAAAAAAAAUGAUAAACAUAAUAAAAUUUUUUGUUAUAGAAAAGAUGAAAACAAAGUUGAAUACGAUGAAAAAACACCACUAAGCGAAUUUGUAUCUACUGAAUCUUUUCCAUUAUUUGGAGAAAUAAACACUGAAAAUUAUCGAUUCUAUGCGGAAAGUCCUAAAGAAUUAGUUUGGGUAUGUGCUACUUCUGAACAGUAUAAUGAAAUAAAAGAAGAAGUUAGAUUAGCCGCAUCUGAAUUAAGAAAGAAAACACAUUUUGUCCUUCUCAACAUACCAGAAUAUGCAGAUCAUGCCAGAGCAUCAUUAGGAUUGAAUGACUUUCCAGGUUUAGCUUAUCAAUCUAGUGAAGGUCGAUAUUUACUACCCAACCCAAAAGAAUCCUUACAUAACCAUAAAUCUAUUGUCACAUUUUUUAAAGAUGUAGAAGAAGGAAAAAUUGAAAAAUCCUUAAAAUCAGAACCAAUCCCAGAAGAUGAUAAUAAUGCACCUGUUAAAAUUGUAGUUGGAAAUUCUUUCAUAGAUGUUGUUUUAAAAAGUGGAAAAGAUGUACUCAUUGAAAUUUAUGCUCCAUGGUGUGGUCAUUGUAAAAAAUUAGAACCAGUUUAUGAAGAUCUUGGAAGAAAAUUAAAAAAAUAUGAUUCCAUAAUUGUUGCAAAAAUGGAUGGAACUCUUAAUGAAACACCAAUUAAAGAUUUCGAAUGGUCAGGAUUCCCAACCAUCUUUUUUGUUAAGGCAGGUUCGAAGAUACCUUUACCUUAUGAGGGAGAAAGAUCCUUAAAGGGGUUCGUAGAUUUUCUCAAUAAACACGCAACUAACACACCCAUAUCUGUGGAAGGAGUUCCGGAGUUUGAAGAUGGAAGUACAGAUGAACUGUAA